ACAGAAUCCCGCAGUCCUUAGUUAGGGUGAGAGGCCUGUGGAGGCCCCUUCGGGAUGCGGGCUGGGACACAUGGGCCUGCCUGCCUUAAAAAGGGGCUUCUGCUCCCGAGUAGCCCCAAAAGGCAACUCCUCAGGUGGUGCUUAGCUCAGCUCAGGACCUUUCCCCUGUUUAGGAAGGAGCUGUGGGAAGUUGUGGGGUUGCGCAUGUGGCAGUCGCGUUGCUGGAAGGCUUGCAAGGUGCUCUGGAUUCAGCGUUGUGAUUUCAUAGGGCAUUUAACCCUUACACUGGUCCAGGUGACUUUUCCAGGGGGAAAAUGACUUUUUUGGUGUAGGGGGAAGAGCGUUGUGGAGGGUUUCUGGGCUUGCAGCCCUCAGACAGUCUCAGUGCUUCCUCCACUUCAAAUUUAUCAACUUGUGUGACAGGGCUGUGGGUGAGAAGGGGUUUGUCGGGACCAAGCGGGAGGCAGAUGCACGGAUCAGGUCGAGGUGCAUUCCUGGGGUGACGGGUGUGCCUCCCGCAGUGCAGGGGAGAAACGGGUUGCGACUGUGCCUGGGCCAGAGCAAUUUGGGAUUGAGCUUGUUGGGUAAGGACAGCUCUGCUGAGCGGCAGUGGCUGGAAGGAUGGCCUUCAGCUCUGUCCUUGUCUCACCGCUGUGUAAGCGAAACAGUGAACACUGCAGUGUCGAAACCUCACAUAAAGCUGCUUCUGCUCGAGCCUGAAUGAAAUUCUUUAGCCAUCUCACCCCAGAUGAGUGACCAGCACUAGUUUUGUUCUGUGGAGAGAAAACUGAAAAGGAAUCGUUGCUUUGGGUAGGAUUUGGAUGGAUCAAACUCCAGCUUGAAAUCAUUUGCCAAGGACUGAUCUUGAAUUUGUGGCUGCCUUCCAGGUUGGUAAAGAGUUCGUCAGCCUUGUAGCAGCUUUGAUGUGUGUUGUUAUGCCUGACCAUGCCGACGUCAGCCUCCCACCGGAGGAGCGAGUACGAAGACUGAUCCAGGUGGGAAGCGCCGUGGAAGUGAAUGAGGACAUCCCACCACGACGCUACUACCGCUCCGGUGUGGAAAUCCUCCGCAUGGCGACCGUUUACUCGGAGGAAGGCAAUAUCGAGCAUGCCUUUAUUUUGUACAACAAAUAUAUCACGCUCUUCAUUGAGAAGCUGCCACAGCACCGUGAUUACAAAACUGCCGUCAUACCCGAAAAGAGGGAGACAGUGAAAAAACUGAAAGAAGUAGCCUUCCCCAGAGCUGAAGAGCUCAAGGAGGAGCUGUUAAAGAGGUACGCCAAGGACUAUGCUAAGUACAAGGAGCAGAAGAAGGCGGAGGAAGAGGAAUUUGCACGCAAUUUGGCUUUGCAGCAGCAGCUAGAAGAGGAGAGGAAUCGGGUAGCCCUGAUGAAGCAGCAGCAGGCAGAGCAAGAGCAGUUUCAUGCCUUUGAGGAGAUGAUUCGACGACAGGAGCUGGAGAAGGAACGUCUAAAGAUAGUGCAGGAAUUUGGAAAGCCAGAGCAGAGUCCCGAGUCUCUGGAUGGACCCCUCAUCCCUGGCGUGGAAAAGCCUCCGACUGAUUUAAUCCCAAAGGUUCCCGUCUCUCCAGUUCACCCUGCAAGUCCAUCAGCGGGGACUGUCUCAUCCAAACCUCCUGUUGUGGACAGAUCUUUGAAACCCAAUGCUCUGGGGAACACGGAAACCAAUGCGAGUAUGGAUGUCCUCCGCCAGGUCAUCGUCCCGAGGGAACUCUGCCAGAAAUUCCUCCAGCUGGCUGAUGCCAACACGGUCCGGGGUGUGGAGACGUGCGGGAUCCUCUGCGGUACCCUGAUGAGGAACGAAUUCACGAUAACCCACGUCAUCGUUCCCAAGCAGUACGGAGGCCCCGAUUAUUGCAACACGGAGAACGAAGAGGAGCUCUUCGUCAUCCAGGAUCAGUACGGCCUUGUUACGCUAGGCUGGAUCCACACUCACCCCACGCAGACAGCCUUCCUCUCCAGCGUCGACCUGCACACACACUGCUCCUACCAGAUGAUGUUGCCGGAGUCCAUUGCUAUUGUGUGUUCUCCAAAAUACCAGGAGACGGGGUUUUUCAAGCUGACGGAGCACGGCCUGGAGGAGAUCUCUUCCUGCCGACAGAAAGGAUUCCACCCACACUCCAAAGACCCCCCCUCUCUUCACUACCUGCAAUCACGUGUCCGUUGUCGAGAGAGACGUAGUCCUGAUGGAUCUCCGAUAGGCCUCUUGCCUUAACUGUUUACAGAAAACCAUCUACCUUCCACCUAGGCCUAAGGAAUUCUAUAUAUUAUUUUUUUUCCCCUCCUGUAGCAGACGAUUUCUACCGUGUGGUGAUCCUUUCCCUUCCUCCCCCAAUAACCACGGUGAAAUCGGUACCCUGACCUCAGUGGGAGCACAUGAAACCUCAGUGCCCAGCAUCGGGCUGACAAAGUGGUGCUGAGGUUCCAGGCGCGGAGGAAAAAAGCUAACUGGAGUUUCAAAGACAGAAGUUAACACUGAAGCAAUUGUUUAAUACUCUAA